GCCACUGAGAUCCGCGCUACACGCUCACUCGGUAGUAAUGUUCCCCAGCAGCGUGUAACAGGCAGACCUCGCAGACUCCAGACCGAUCUCCUCUCGAGAAACGUUACCACUGAAACCUUUCGGCGAGACGUCUUAAAGUAACACGCGCCUUCAUCGGUCGAAUGCAUACUUUACAAGUCCGUGCGUGGAAAGGAAAUAAGUUUAAAGAUGUCUGUCAGUAAUCACGAGAACCGAAAGUCGAGGUCAAGCUCUGGGUCCAUGAACAUCCAGCUGUUCCACAAGACGUCCCAUGCAGACAGCCUGCUUACUCAACUCAACCUCCUCCGCAAGCGACGUGUCUUCACGGAUGUAGUCCUGCGUGCUGGACAUAGAGCAUUUCCAUGCCACAGAGCUGUUCUGGCUUCAUGUAGCCGCUAUUUUGAGGCCAUGUUCAGUGGUGGCCUAAAAGAGAGUCGAGAUGCCGAGGUCAACUUCCACGACUCUCUGCACCCGGAGGUCCUGGAGCUCCUGCUAGACUACGCCUACUCAGCCCGGGUGAUCAUUAAUGAGGAAAAUGCAGAGUCCUUGCUGGAGGCUGGCGACAUGCUCCAGUUCCACGACAUCCGUGACGCCGCCGCAGAAUUCCUGGAGAAGAAUCUACAUCCAUCUAACUGCCUCGGAAUGAUGCUCCUGUCCGAUGCUCAUCAGUGCCAGAGGCUGUACGAACUUUCCUGGAGAAUGUGCCUGGCGAAUUUCGCUAAUCUGUACCACACCGAAGAUUUCCUGAGCCUGCCCAAAGAUAAAGUUCAGGAGCUCGUUUUUAGCGAGGAGCUGGAGGUCGAGGACGAAAGUAUUGCGUACGAGGCUGUUAUCGACUGGGUCAGAGCAGACAUCGGAAGGAGGCAUCUUGAUCUUCCCGACCUUCUGCGCUGUGUUCGACUUGCCUUGCUCCCAGAAACCUACCUGCUGAAGAAUGUCGCAUCUGAGGAGCUCGUCAUGGGACACAAGGUGGGCCGUGAGAUUGUGGAAGACGCUGUCCGGUGCAAAAUGAAGAUCCUGCAGAACGAUGGUGUGGUCACAGGGUUCUGCGCCCGACCCCGAAAGGUCAGCCAAGCUCUCCUGCUUCUCGGAGGCCAGACGUUCAUGUGCGACAAAGUGUACAUGAUUGAUCACAAGGCAAAGGAGAUCACCCCCAAAACUGACCUUCCUAGCCCUCGCAAGGAGUGCAGCGCCUGUGCCAUUGGCUGCAAAGUAUAUGUCACAGGCGGUCGUGGGUCUGAAAACGGGGCUUCGAAAGACGUUUGGGUCUACGACACCUUGCAUGACGAAUGGUCCAAAGCUGCCCCGAUGCUCGUUGCUAGAUUCGGACAUGGUUCUGCAGAACUUGACCACAGUCUGUAUGUAGUAGGUGGGCACACAUCCCUCGCGGGGUCGUUCCCUGCGUCCCCGUCUGUGUCUCUUAAACAAGUGGAGCAGUACAACCCCCAGUCCAACAAGUGGACACUAGUCGCCCCUCUUCGAGAGGGCGUGAGCAACGCUGCCGUCGUAGGGGCCAAAAACAAACUCUUUGCCUUCGGAGGGACUAGUGUUAACAGGGACAAGUAUCCCAAGGUUCAGUGCUUCGACCCCUGUGAGAACAGGUGGACAGUCCCGGCCACUUGUCCUCAACUCUGGCGUUAUACGGCUGCAGCAGUUGUUGGGAACCAUGUUGUGGUCAUUGGCGGAGACACAGAGUUCUCUGCGAGCUCUGCGUACCGCUUCAACAGCGAGACCUUCCAGUGGACCAAGUUUGGUGAUGUGACUUCCAAGAGAAUCAGCUGUCAUGCUGUGGCAUCGGGGAAUCGCCUGUAUGUGGUUGGGGGCUACUUUGGGGCGCAGAGGUGUAAGACCUUGGACUGCUAUGACCCUUCAACGGACUCAUGGGACAGCAUAACAAGCGUGCCAUAUUCACUUAUCCCAACAGCAUUUGUCAGCACCUGGAAGUACCUUCCAUCUUGAAAAAAGCACAUCUCUGAUUUUAUCUUCCGGCGUUCUCUGGAAUGCUGCCGAGUUCCCCCCCCGAGGCCUGGGAAUGCCGGGGGGAAGGGAGAGGCUUUUCCUCCUUCACGUUCACAUGGACCUCGCGCUGGAAACCAAGGCUUAGGUCAGCCGGGUGGGUAACCACGGCAAACGGAUCCCGUCCCAUCUCACCGCGAGCCUGAAGAGAGGCAGAAAGCGUUGUGUAUAAACUUACUAGGCUCAACUCUUAAAACAGGUUAUUUUUAGCCCGAGGUUCCACACUUCAGCAUCUCGCUCACUCACACAGAUCUUGUGCGGUCGUAAAUUAAGUAAUAAUUAACUCUCGCCUUUGGUUACUCACUUCAGCUCAUGGAACUUAGUAGACUUGGGUGACUUUUCGAAAGCGGAAAUGAACCCAAAAUUGUAGAAGAGCUAGUCAGGCUGUGCUGCCUUUUUUAUAUUUAUAUGUUGUUGUAUAUUAUUACACAAGAAUAUUCAAAACACGUUUCUGAGUAGCACUGUAUUCUUGUUGCAAAAGUACUAGACUAAUGGGCUAAUAGGGGCUAAUAAACAGGUAUUUCACCUCCAAACAGCAAGAAAUGUUUUCAUUUUGAUAUUACCGUCAAAGCAAUUAAAGCAGAUUCUUAUUACCGUAAUGCAAAAAUGUCAUAUCAAAUAGCAUGAAAGUCAUUUGUAAAAAUGGUUACGUAUUAGGUAUUUAAACAUAUCCACAUUUUGAUAAAAAAAUAAAUAAAAUCCUAGACAAACUACGGUAAUGUAAAAAAACGUCAAUUGCUGUGAAAAUAAUGUCAGAAAAGAAGAAAUAAAUUAGAUUUUGCACAAAGAAAAUUAAGCCUGGUUUUAGAUUUUUUUGAUUUGUGAUAUUAUUUUCAGAGCAUUUUACAGCUCAUUUCCCCAUUUACCGUAAUGCAAAAAAUUGGCAUUGCCACAAUUGUAAAGAACAGGAAUGUUGGCAUUUGCAGAUUUUACUUAAAAGAACCUAAAAUAAGUACUUUAUCCUGGACAAAUUAUGUUAAUGAGGAAAACACCCUUAAUUUUUAUGAAAAUAAUAUCACAAUUUUAAAAAAUAAAUUAUAUUUUGGAGGAAGAAAAUAAACCUGAUUUUAGAUUGUUUUUUUAAAAUUGUAAUUACAUUGUGGAUUUCAAUAGAAAUAUAUGGUAAUGUGGGAAAAUGUUCUUAUUUGUAAUGAAAAAUUCACAAUGCAAAAAAAGAGAACAAAUAAGAAAUUAAAUUUUGCAUGAAGACAAUGAAGAACGUUUUUUUUUUUUUUUUUUUUUCCAAGCCAAUUAAAGCAAAUUUUCCUCAUAAAUUCUCAUUACUGUAGUGCAAAAAAAAAAAAAAAAAAAAAAAACCUGGACAAAGUACAGUAAUGAUGAAAAAUAUUCUUGAUUGUCAAAAAAGUCAUGCAAAAUAGGCUUCAUUUUCAUUCUACAAAAUUUGUCACUUAACUGUAUGAUAACGUGCCGUUUACAAUGUGAAUGACAUUUGCUUAGUUCUUAAACUACUAAAGCUGUGGAUCUUAAUGGUUUUAUGCCAAACCUUCAAUAAACUGUUUUCGAAAGUGUACGAAAACCUGACAAACUUCUUAAAUGUUGUUGUAGCUGUACUUGUAGCCUUGAUUAUGUACAUUUGUGAAGUAAAUUGUAUUUUUAAGUAGAUUUUGCACAUUGUGUCCUUCUCACUGUUGAAUGGUCAUCUACACUCAUAAGGGUGUUUUCUCUGAAACUUCAUUAGUAUGUGUUGCCUGAAGCCAAAGAAAGCAGCACAGAUAGAGACAUGUUACCAGCUAAACGCUGCAUUAUUGUGAAAUGUUUGUUUCUUUGUCGUGAAAUGUCUUAAUUUGUGUACGCAUUUUUGAUAUCACCGAUUCUUGUUGUUUUUUUUUGGACAUUUAAUGCCAAAUAUUAUUUUUUCUUACUUCUGUCUGUCAUACAGUAGCGUGUAUUAAGGACUUUUUUUGUAAUAAAAUCUCUUUGAAAAUGCUAA